CCUUCCUCUGAUGUUGGCUCUCCACGGCUCAAGCAGGGAGCAGCUACCGGCAGGAGCUGGAUACAGCAUUGUCUCAACUGAAGAGGAUGGACACAAAAUCUCUGCACUGGGCAGCAUGAAUGGGCACAGCCGGAACGGGAAGGGCCAUGCGCCCCGGCGGAAGCACCGCAACCGCUUUGUGAAAAAGAACGGCCAGUGCAACGUCUACUUUGCCAACCUGAGCAACAAAUCUCAGCGCUACAUGGCUGACAUCUUCACCACCUGUGUGGACACACGCUGGCGGUACAUGCUCAUGAUCUUCUCUGCCGCCUUCCUGGUCUCCUGGCUCUUUUUUGGCUUUCUCUUUUGGUGCAUUGCUUUCUUCCAUGGUGACCUCAACACACCAGCAGUGGCAGGGGGACCCUCUCUCCUCAAGCCCUGCAUCAUGCAUGUGAACAGUUUCCUAGGGGCUUUUCUUUUCUCAGUGGAGACCCAGACAACCAUUGGAUAUGGCUUCCGCUGUGUGACUGAGGAGUGCCCAUUGGCCAUCAUGGCAGUCGUGGUUCAGUCCAUCGUAGGCUGUGUGAUUGACUCCUUCAUGAUUGGCACCAUCAUGGCCAAGAUGGCAAGGCCCAAGAAACGGGCCCAGACCCUCCUUUUUAGUCACCAUGCUGUCAUUUCUGUGCGGGAUGGCAAACUGUGCCUCAUGUGGAGAGUAGGCAACCUGAGGAGGAGUCACAUUGUGGAGGCCCAUGUCCGGGCUCAGCUCAUCAAACCUUACAUGACAGAGGAAGGGGAAUACCUUCCCUUGGACCAGCGGGAUCUCAAUGUGGGCUACGAUGUGGGCCUUGACCGUAUAUUUUUGGUUUCACCCAUUAUCAUUGUUCAUGAGAUUGAUGAGGAGAGCCCACUCUAUGGGAUUGGGAAGGAGGAGCUGGAGACAGAAAACUUUGAGAUUGUUGUUAUCCUGGAGGGAAUGGUAGAAGCCACAGCCAUGACCACGCAGGCACGAAGCUCUUAUCUUGCUAGUGAAAUCCUCUGGGGCCACCGUUUUGAGCCAGUUGUGUUUGAGGAGAAGAACCACUACAAGGUGGAUUACUCACGCUUUCACAAAACCUAUGAGGUGGCUGGAACACCUUGUUGCUCAGCUCGAGAGCUGCAAGAAAGCAAGAUGACUAUCCUACCUUCUCCCCCACCUCCCAGUGCCUUCUGCUAUGAGAAUGAGCUGGCUCUUGUCAGUCAAGAUGAAGAUGAAGAUGACGAUGAAGUGGGUGUGGCACUAGGAGGCAACACAAAAGAAGAGGGAGGUGUCAUCCAGAUGAUGGAUUUUGGAAGCCAUCUGGAUUUGGAGCGGCUCCAGGCAACUCUGCCCCUAGAUACAAUCUCGUACCGCAGGGAGUCAGCCAUCUAACUCCUCCUGCCUCCCCAAUCCUCAACUGUCGCCC